GUUGAGUUUCCCGAGGCACGCAUUUAUGAAGAGACUCUAAAUAUUCUUCUUUAUGAGAAUAGGAAUGGUCCAGAUCAAGAAUUAAUGCAAGCAACUUCAACACGUGGGGCAGUUGCUGGCAUGUCUUCCUACACCAGUGAUGAGGAGGAGGAAAGAUCUGGUCUUGCCAGACUUCGAUCAAAUAAGCAAAAUAAUCCAUGAACUGUAUUUUGUUAAGCAAUAUUCACAUUAAAAACUGUCUACACAAGUUUUAACAUUUAAUCUCUACCAUUCAUAUGAUUCAUUUGUGUUUAAUUUACUCUCAAAAGCUCUAUAUGUAUGAAAUGUGUAUUUUAAUUUUUCCUUGAAUUGAUAUUGAGUAUUCUUUAUUUUCCUGCAUAAUUUAGGGCAAAUAAUUUUAAUGCACAUGUGUAUGAGCAGAUAUUGUACUUUUUUAAAUAUAGUUAUUAUACACCUAUUUUGUUCAUAGGCAAGGGAAAAAUAGCAUAUAGUUUGAUUAAUGACAUGUACACAUAUUUAAGUUUUCUGUCAAACAAUAGGUGUUUCUAACAGUUAAAUUAAUUGUUAAAAUGAUCCAUAAAAUGUUACUACUGGUUGUAGGCUCUUUAUUGAUGUGAAUGUGGCUUAAUGAAAAGAAUUGAUAAAGAAAUUUUGAACUAUGCAUAGUUCUUCAUACUGCGUUGUCAGGCAGGCAUUCAAUUUGGGCACGAUUUGUUUCAGAAGAAAUUUACCUGAAUAUAACUUGUCAAUAUUGAUCAAAUCAAAAUUAUGCUGUAUUUGGUUCUUGAGAUCCUGGAAUUGAUUCAUUUGAGAAUUAAAAUAUGUGAACAAAUUUGGAAGAAAUAAUUUUGAUUUGAGAACAUUGAAAUGUACAUCAAUGUUAAAUGUUUCUUAUUUUUUUGUUAACUAUUCUGUACUAUAAAAAAAAAAAAAUUAAUGGAUGUGUUAAAGACAUGAAAUAUUUUCUUUGUAUUUCGUCAUAAGGGCUUUAUUUCUUCUGGUUGUAAGUAAUGUCUUUUAGAGGACUGUAUGAACUUGUAAUAUACAAUUACUAAGGAAUGUAGUUAAGUCAAGAUGGUAGAUCUUUAUCGAAGAAAUUGUUAAAUGUGACCUUCGGUAUGCAUUUUGUGAAGAUUUCCAUGUAUGCUAGAGACGUUUGUCUAGAUAUUUAUUUCUGUGAGUAGAUUGCCCUGUUACUAUUUUUUUAAGGUGACAUUUUAUUAAAAAGACAGAAUGUUUUUCAUUCAAAAGUCUUCUGUGAUGGAUAAGAAAAUUUGCUCAUUUCCUUACAUAACUAGAAAAUGGCAAUGUUUUCAGGUAUAUAUGUUAAUAAGAAUUAAUGUGAGACUGGUUUUAUGGAUUUUUGUGAGUGAUGUGAAACUUAUUUGUACAUAGGUAAUAGAACAUGUUGCUCCCUUUAAUAUUAAUUUGUAGAUAAUUAUAUUAAAGUACGUGUGUACAUAUCAAAAAUGUAUGUCUGGUGUAUGAGUGGAUGAUUAGCUUCAGGGACGCAGUGUAUACAUUUUAUUCACUUCUAUCAGGUAUUCUCUGAACACUGGAAAUCAUGUGUAGCAAAAUUCUCAAAGUGCACAAACUAAAAUUACUCAGUAGUUUGCGAGAACUGUCUGGAAUUCAUGUUUCAUUUCUGGACAGAGAAUAAAUACAGGGAACAGAUAUAAGAAUGUAAGUUAUGUUUAUUUGGUCUUGUUUUUGCACUAAUGAGAAUAAUCUCUUGUAACUUGUUAGUCAUAAUUGAGUCAUUUCAGCUCUAUUGUGUGUGCGUGGGAUACAUUUCCACAUCAGAAGAGACAUUGAAAUGGUAUUUUACUCUGACGAAUCCAAGGUUAUGGAACUCGUACAUUUAUGCAGUUGAACAUGUAUGCUGUAACCUUAUUUGUAUGAAAUAGCCAAGGUGAUCAGUAUUGUGUAGUGAUUGUGUGUCAUUCUUAGUGCCCAUGGAAGUAGAAAUGAUCUUUACCUUUAGAAUUCACAUUUGAACAUUGCAAAGUAUUUAUUGUGCAAAUUAUGAAGUAAUUUUCCCAAAGGCUAUGCUCACCAUGCAAAUUCUAUGUAACCUAGUUAGGCCUAUUCUGAUGUUCAUGUAAAUCAAUGAAUUAAUUACUGAAUGAAGAUUAAUUCUAUUUUAAGUAUUCUUUGUCUUUCAUGUAGUAAUGUGUGAUGAAAAACAAUGUAUUGAUAGGACUUAAAAACACAAGUAUUGAAGGAGACUGACAAGUUUAAAGAAAACAGCAUAUGUCAAUUACUCAAGAAUGUAUUUUUCAUGUGUCAAAGUUUAAAAUUAAAACCAAGAGAAACCCAUUUAUCAGUAAUUUAAAUAAAGAAUUAUGAAAAACGUUUAUUUUAAACUCAUUUUUUCUUCACUAUUC